CAAUAAACAAAGGGGAAACCGGACCUUGUUUUUAUUUUUUUCUUUACUUUGACCGUCGUAAACCUUCUAUUUCUCAAUGGCAUCUUUGUUCCGAUCGUCGGUUGUUCGGGUCAGCCGGCCUCUUCGACAGUUCCAUACAGCUGCCCCGGUGGCUUCGCAUAUUGGACGAACACAACUUUCCUAUGGCCAAGAUGUCACCAUCACUCACGAUGCCACACCCAUCACAACUCCUCGCAUUUCCUCGGAACGUGAUAACACCAUGUUGACAGUGACCGGACCACUCGGUACCUUGAAGAUGCCUAUCAAACCUUUCGUCAAACUUCAAUUCACUUCUUCCACUGGAGAAGAUGCGGAAAACAUUUUACAAGUAUCCGUGGAGGACGAAACCAUCAAACAACAACGAGCCAUGUGGGGUACCACUCGCAAUUUAAUCAACAAUAUGAUCGUCGGUGUCUCUGAAGGAUACCGUAUGCAACUGCGAUUAGUCGGUGUGGGUUACAGAGGUGUACUGGAAAACGAUCGCACCUUAUCCCUGAAGCUUGGCUACUCACAUCCCGUUGUCAUCCCGAUACCCGAAGGUAUCACUUGCACUGUACCGCAGCCUAAUCGUGUGCUUUUGCAGAGCUCCGAUUUACAAAAAGUGACCCAACUUGCCGCUACGAUCCAAAGUUGGAGAAAGCCAGAACCAUACAACCAAAAGGGUAUUUUCAUCAACGACGAGACCAUCAAGAAGAAGGAAGGAAAGAAGAAAUAGUUAUAGACUUUGUAUUCAUAUUAUUAAAAUUUUUUCAUGUAUUCAUCA